UUUAGAUUUCCUUCUUUUCUGGAAUGAACGUUGUGAAGAGUGGUUCUAUUGCAUUGGAAUAAUCCAUUUGCAUCAAUCAUCUAUUUAUACAAAACUGUUCAAAAAUGACUGAAACUCUUCAAUUACGAGGUACAUUGCGUGGUCACAAUGGAUGGGUCACUCAAAUUGCCACAAAUCCGAAAUAUUCGGAUUUAAUUUUGUCGGCUUCUCGUGACAAGACAUUGAUUGUUUGGAAAUUGACACGUGAUGAAGCAAACUACGGUAUUCCGCAAAAACGUCUUUAUGGUCAUUCACAUUUUAUUAGUGAUGUAGUAUUGUCUUCUGAUGGCAACUACGCUCUAUCUGGUUCUUGGGAUAAAACUUUGCGACUUUGGGAUUUGGCUGCUGGUCGCACAACCAGAAGAUUUGAGGAUCAUACCAAGGAUGUUUUGAGCGUCGCUUUUUCAGUCGAUAACCGUCAAAUUGUCUCUGGAUCACGAGACAAGACCAUUAAGUUGUGGAAUACUUUAGCCGAGUGCAAGUAUACGAUUCAAGAUGAUGGUCACAGUGAUUGGGUUAGUUGCGUACGCUUCUCUCCAAAUCAUUCAAAUCCAAUUAUCGUUUCUGCUGGAUGGGAUCGUGUUGUAAAGGUCUGGAAUUUAACUAACUGCAGACUGAAGAUCAAUCACAAUGGUCAUUCCGGUUAUUUGAAUACUGUAACAGUCUCGCCAGAUGGUUCACUCUGCGCAUCAGGCGGAAAGGACUGCAAAGCAAUGUUGUGGGACUUGAAUGAUGGAAAGCAUUUGCACACUUUGGAUCACAAUGAUAUCAUAACUGCCCUAUGCUUCAGUCCCAAUCGUUACUGGUUAUGUGCUGCUUUUGGACCUUACAUUAAGAUCUGGGAUCUCGAGAGCAAAGAAAUGGUCGAAGAAUUAAAACCAGAAAUUGUUACCGCAACUAGUAAAGCUGAGCCUCCACAGUGCUUGUCUUUGGCCUGGUCUACAGAUGGUCAAACUCUUUUUGCCGGUUACUCUGAUAACACUAUUAGAGUAUGGCAAGUUUCUGUAUCUACUCGCUAGAUACUUUUGUAAGAUUUAAAAAAAUAAACUUUUUUUGACUACUAAACGAA